AUAUGCUGUCUCCAUGGAAAAUGUUCUCAAUACCUACCAGUGGAUUUGAAAAGAAGGAAGUGCCUUGUGUAAGAUUCUGAUCAAUAGAGAUCAUAAAAUCCGCUGCGGUAUUCCCUUCCGGCCAAAACCUUUUCUUUUUCUAUCUUUUUCUUGGUCUUUUCUUGGAAGUCCAUAAGUUUCCUCCUCGCCGGCUUCUCUAACUUCACUCUGUACGUACUGAAUUACAGACCUUCAUUGAUCUCCCUCAACCUCUCACUCGAUCGCUGUGCUUUCAUGGCGACACCACGAGACCACGUGGAGAAGAUCAGGAAGAUCAAGUUCUCCAUUGGAGGAGACCCCAACCCCUUAACCGAAGACCUUCAUCAAGCUGUCAGGAACCUUUCGGCCGAACUCUACACCAAAGAUGUCCAUUUCCUAAUGGAACUCAUCCAGCCAUACAUAUUCAGCAAUGGCUAUCAGAUACGGUUCAAUGAAGGGCCUUGCCCCCACUCCAACCUUGGAUAUAUUGUCCCUGAGUGGGUGGACGAAAACCCAACUCUUUCUGAUAUCAAGGAGAUAUAUGGUUCAACUUCUUCCCUUCCAACCACUAUAAUUGUCCUGCCUCUGAAGCCUGACAAGGUCAAAGCUGUUAAGAAGCAGCUCUCAAGUGUUCAUCCAGAAGUUUUGCUGUUUCUUUCAAAAAUUAAACGCUUUUCAGUCAGGAAGGAUAAUGAAGAUCCGAAACUUAAUACUGUGAAUGCAAUAGCUAUUACAAGUGAGACUGAUUUUGUGACCAGGAAGAAAAUUGACGCUGAAUCCUAUACCCUCCGGCUUGCUGCAGCAGAGAAUGGUGAUAAGUCUGAAAAGGAAUGCACUUACUAUAUGUGGAGGCAGAAGUUUCCCGUCAGGAAGGAAAACAAAGUGGAAAGGAGAAUGGAAGUUGAUCAAUGGGUGAUCACGUUGGCUUUCCCAUAUCAAGAACGUCUACAUAGAGGGGCAAUCCUACCUGGGGUUUAUGCAUUUCUUCCAACUGAAAUGAUUACUAAUUUCCCCUUCAUAAUUCAAGCAGAUUUUGUUCUAUCAUCAUCAAGGGAAACAAUACUCUUGGACAACAAAUGGAACCAAGGGAUUCUUGAUUGUGUCCCCUCUGCCUUUGUCAGUGCCUUCAUCUCACUGGUGAAAUUAACGGAAGAUGCUCCAAUGUUUAAUUUGCCUCUAAUGUUUGGUUUCUUGCCAGUCAACAGUUCUUCCUAUGCAGAGUUGAAUGCUGUCAGAGAAUCAAUCAGAGCAAAGCUGGUGGAAGAAGAGAUUGUUCCUACUGAGUCAGGCCUGGAUCAGAGGCUUUUCCACAAACCACACGAAGUAGGUAGAAUUCAGCCUGUUUUCUGGGACAUUUUGAAGAAGGCAAGAGAGGAAGGGGUGAGCUUGCAUAACCUCUCAUCUCAUGGAAGGUAUAUCUUGCAUUCUUCAUUUGACAAGGCAGAGUAUGAUCAGAUCCUGAAUUUCUUGGGAGUCAGCCAAGUCAACUAUGAAUGGUAUGCAAAGUGCAUCGAGGGUUCUAAUCUUGUAUUGUGGGUUUCAGAUAAUGUUUACACAGAGCUUCUUCUGUUCAUUGCUAGAAACUGGCCGGAUCUUUGUGGCACCAACAUUAAGAAAAUACCACUUCUCAAGUAUGUUAGCAAAGAUGAAAAUGUGUCUUUAUGCAGCAUUGAUGAAUCCUUUCACAGGAAUGACCAAAUGGUGUUGUGCCUGUCAUCAACUUAUAAGCAUGCCCCAUGGAUGAUUGAUUGCAAUCAGGAAUUCAGAUGUGUGACUAAUCAUCAUUUUAUGCCAAAAAGCACCCAUGAAGCCUUUCAAUUAUGUUCUGAGAAAUUGGUGAUAGUUUUGCCAUGGCUUCAAAAACAGGCUAAGGUUGUUUGUCUUGAUGUUUAUGAUUAUGCAUGGAUUGUGAAUAAAAAUCUCCCCAACGAUCGGAAGCUUGCUGUAACCUAUGCUCACUUCUUGUGUCACUCAUUGUUGAAGAAAUUUUUGUCAGCAGAUCAGGUUAGUUCUUUGUGUGCUACUGGUAGCAUGCCACUUGUGGAUGAUUUUGGGUGCGUGAGAACUAGAUGCAAGGGAGUUCUUGUCCCUGCUAAUGGAAGCAAAUGGGUGAAUUUGGUCAUUUCAAAUCUGUGGAAGCAAGAUGACUAUGUUGUCUUAGGAGAAGACUAUUUGCUUCCUGGUAAUUUUGCUGGCCAAAGAACCUCCAGUGAACAACUUAUAAAUUUCCUAAAAUCUUAUGCUUCAGCUUCAGAUAUUCCUCAAAUAUCUCCUCCUAAUUCUGGGAUUCGUGCUGUGUCUAGACCACUCACAAAGGAAAACACAUUCCUACUGUUGGAUUGGGUUCAGAAACUGAAAUUAAGAGGAGAGCGUCUUCCAGAGAAGUUCUUGAAAAGUCUGAGGAAUGGCAACUGGUUGAAAAUUACAAUCAAUGGCUCUUCAAGCUAUGGACCACCGUCACAGUCAUUCUUUCAUUCAUCAUCUUGGGGGAACAUCUUGCAGAAUGGUUCAGUGCUUGUUGGCAUUCCUCUUAUUGAUCAGAGCUUUUAUGGGGAUGGAAUAAAUAAGUACAAGGAGGCAUUGAAAACAUUGGGGGUAAUGUUUGAAUCUGGAGAGGCAUGUCAGUUUAUUGGGGAGAAUUUCAUGUCUUUGGAAGCCUCAUCAACUUUAAGUAAAGGGAAAGUACUUUCCGUGCUUAAUUUCAUCAGAUAUUUGAGAGAGAAUCUCCUUCCUCCUGAGAAAUUCAUAGGCAGUAUCGAAACAGGAACAUGGCUACGGACAUGUCACGGUGACAUGUGUCCAGCUGAAGCUGUCCUAUUUGAUCAGGAAUGGAAAACUGCAUCACAAAUCAGUGAUAUCCCUUUCCUUGAUGAUGACUACUAUGGUGAGGAAAUCUUAUAUUUUAAAACAGAACUUCAGUUGCUUGGUGUUGUCGUUGGCUUCCAUGAGAAUUAUGAGCUUGUGGUUAACUACUUGAAACCAAAAUCAUACCUGACUUCUCUAAAUGCUCAGGCCUUCCUUUUGAUAUUAAAAUGCAUGAAGCAUCUAAAAUCCAAAGAGAAGCUGAUUGCAGCAGUUGCCAAAAUUAAGUGUUUGAAGACAAAUCAGGGUUUCAAAUCUCCACAUAAAUGCUUUCUGUCUGAUCCUGAAUGGGGUGGCCUCCUACAGAUUUUCAAUUGUUUCCCAAUAAUUGAUCAUGAGUACUAUGGAAGCGAGAUCAACUCCUACAAAGAUGAGUUGAAGGAACUGGGCGCCAUUGUGGGUUUCCUUGAUGCAGUCAAAGCCUUUGCUUCCACUUUUAGGCAGAAGGCAUCUAAGUCUUCUAUUACAAAGGAGAAUGUUUUCUCAUUUCUUUCUUUUUACAGAAAGCAAAACCGACCUCUUCGUAAGUUCCAUCCAGAUUUGAGGAAUUGCAUCCGUGAGGAACGUUGGCUGCGGACCAAUCUGGGCGAUUUCAGAUCUCCAAAAGAUUGUGUUCUAUAUAGUCCAGAAUGGAAAACUAUCUAUCCAAUUUCUCUAAUUCCUUUCAUUGACAGUAGAGACAAUUAUUAUGGAAAGGACAUUUAUGGCUACAAAGACGAGCUUCAGAGCUUGGGAGUUGUUGUUGAAUUUAAAAGUGGAGUGAAGUUUGUGGCCGAUGGUCUCCGUUUUCCCCAGGAUCCAUGCCGCAUUACUCCUGAAAAUGCUCUUUCAUUGCUUAAAUGUGUGGGUAUUUUAUUAGAAAAGGGGAAUGACCCCUUACCAGAGGGGUUUCUGAAAAAAGUUUCCACUAAAUGGUUAAAGACCAAAUCCGGCUAUUUGAGUCCUGAUGAGUGCUUAUUGUUUGACAACAGUUCUGGCUUAGAGCAGGCAGACGGGCCUUUCAUUGAUGAAGAGUUUUACGGUCCUGAUAUCAGAUCCUACACAAAAGAGCUCAAUGCUAUAGGAGUCAUUGUUGAUGUAGAAAAGGGGUGCGAAUUGAUUGGCUGCCACCUCUCUUUCCAUUCUGAGUUUUCAACCAUCACUCGGAUAUACAAUUUUUUGCAUGAGAAGGGAUGGAAACCUAACAGUGAGGCAACAAGAAAAAUCUGGAUCCCUGAUGGAAGUGACAAUGGGCAUUGGGUUGACCCAGAUGAUUGUGUCCUACACAGCGGUGAUGGUCUAUUUGGUUUGCAGUUGAAUGUUCUGGAGAAAUAUUAUAAGAAUGAAGUACCGCUACAAUUUUUCUACCGCGCAUUUAAGGUUAGAGCCAAUCUAUCACUCGAUGAUUAUUGCAGAAUUUGGAACACUUGGGAAACUUCUAGAGCUCAGUUGUCAAAUGAUGAGUGUAAUGCAUUCUGGGGGUAUGUUAUGAGGCAGCAGAGUUCAAGAACAGAGAGAAUUCUUGCUGAAAGGCUGGUGAAGUUGCCUGUGGAUUCAGGUUCAGAUGGAGUAUUGUUACUUGACAAGCGUGAUGUUUUUAUUGCUGACGACCUUCAACUCAAGGAUGUUUUUGUCUCGCACUCUCCUCAUCCACUCUUUGUUUGGUAUCCUCAGCCAAGCUUACCUUCUUUGUCCCAGACCAAGUUGCUUGAAUUAUACAAGAAGAUAGGGGUUCGUACAUUGUCUGAAUCUGUGCAAAAGGAAGAAUCAUCAUCAAAACAUGGCUUGGAACUUAAACAGGUUAACCCAAGUGAUGUUUUGAUUGUUAGAGGGCUGAUUAGACUUCUUCUUGGCUUUCUAGCAUGUUGUUUAACAAUGGAAGUGGAAAAAAGGCACAAAGCAGUACAAUGCCUCCUUAACCUCACUGUCUUUGAGACAUCUGAACCGGCUACUCUGAGUUAUAGUUUAUCUCUGUCCUCUGACAAAAUGUUAAAUGUGAGAGUAAGCCAAAUGAUACAUUGGGACAGGGAGAGCUCAAAGCUUUACACAGUGAAGAUUGACAGGACUGCUAGUCAGAAGAUUCUACUUGAAUAUGCUUCAUGUUUCUCUGAAAAAGUAGCCAAGGGAGUACUUUGGGACAAAGAAGAUCACAUAAAUUCACUUUCUGAGCUGAUUAAGUCGGCAUUUCUUCUCAGAUUUGAUGAAGAAGCAGUUAGUUUCUUACUCAAGUCGAAGAAUUUGCAAAUUUUUAAGGAGGAUGAGGAGUUCCUAGCAGCAGCCUUCCCCUGUGAGUAGGCAUGGCUUCUGAUGUGUGGCUUUUGGAGUAUGCCUUGGUGAAACAUAUGGUAGUUCAUAAUAUCAAGCCUGUUUGAAAGAACUGACCGGUGACUCAGUUUGCUCAUUGUGGUUGUCAACAAUUAUAUCUCAUGUUAGUGUGUUAUUGUGUGCUGUUUGAAACCCGAGUGGUCUGUUGAGUUGUUGAGUGGUCUAUCUUAAUUAUAUCUAAUCUAUGUGUAAUGUCAACCAUUAUUGUAAUGCAAUCGCAUAUGUUUAUUAGCUUAAUGUUUUCUCAUGGUUUCUUACUACUUUAAAUACCAGUAAUUAAAAAUCUGUUUUUUUA